UCAGCGGCAUCAGUAAAAAGCUCAUUUAUUUACGCGCAAAAUUCAAGUUUCGCGGUGGUUGGUGGCUAUGAAGUCAAUUGACAGCUUGUCGGAAUACGGGAAGUCUUAUACAUACUUAGACAGUGCUAGAGAUGAGUAUUAUGAUCGUCUGAAGUUCAGAAUCGAGAAGCGAAACUCUGAAUACUCACACCAACCUUUUUUGUGGGAGGACUUGGAAAAUCUCCGUCUACGGGAUCCUGAGGUGUCACAUCUUGGGAAUAUUUCAUGCGAUGCAAGUGAAAACAGUAAAGACGAUGAAAUUGCGGUAGAUGGCCCUGUCAAUCAUCCUGAUGACGCAGUGACAGACGAAGGUUUGAAUGAGUUUGCUGACAUCACAACUUCGUUGUCUAGGUGAUGGACAGGAAGUGGAUGAAGGCAGUAUUAACCAAAAUAAGAAAGAAGUUGGCAUUCAAACUCAGAGGCUGUGUCUCCAGAAGACGAUUGAGCAACCCAAAGCUUUCGUACCUUAUGCUAUUGGUGGUUCACCCGGUCCGACGUCUGGUGUAAAGAGGACAUUUAACGUUAAGUCCGAAAGAGACGUUUAUCCCUCUGCCGUUCGAGCUGGAAUUCGUCGAAGAGAAAGGCUGAUGGGUUUGGAUCAGAUUAAUUCAUCAAACUCCAAAAGGUCUUCUGAAGUUAUUGCACCAAAAUCACGUCUUUCGAAAAAUAAAACCAGCCCUCUGUGCAAAACUGACAAGAAAUAUGUGCGUGUUCCGCAAAAAUCAGCUAUAGGGACUGUCAAUACAUCCCGAUUAUCUGGUUCGGCUGCUUCGUAUUCUGAUCUGAGUAAUAACGGUCCGCAACGUGAGAAUACAUGGACUUCUGAGUACAUUCAAAGAUAUCCAUUAUAUCCAUCCUCAGUGUAUGUCCGUAGUGCAUCUGUCGCUGCAGGUCGUUGUCGUCCACUUUCUUUUUCACACAAACGACCAUCAUCUUCCUUCCCAGAAAGUUUGGUUCCAUCUACACCAGUACUGUUAAGUUGUCGUGGUUCGAACCCUGCUCCUAGAAGUAGUCGGGCAACUCGCUGUGAUAUUUGCUCAUUUGUAGAUCCCAGUGGGAAAUGUGCACGUCCGUUGCUUCGCGCACAUUAAAAAUUAAUAAGUCAUAUCUCUGCCAUGUUUACAGCAACGAUUUUUAUCUAAAGUAUAUACUAUGUUUCUUUCACCCAUUCCAGUUUGCUUUUAUGGACACAUCAUUUUUUCCUCAUCCACGAAAUAAUUUUAGUUUUUUCAACUAUGCACCAGACAAUCUAAGCUGUUAUGUCAAUAAUAACACAGAUUCAACUUUGAUAUAUAUAGAACAAAUAUAUUGUAUAUUUGGCAUGUUAUUUACUUCUGUUUUCUAUGUCCUGCAUGUUUGUGUACGAUAAUAAUUGUUUAGCAUUUUGCAGCCUUAGUUCAUAUUUUCAGAAGUGUUUGUAGCCCUUUUUCAGUAUGUGUUACGGUAGACUAAUUCAUAUAUAUAUAUAUAUAUAUAUA